AUGGAAGGUUCCUCACACUUUCCUGAUAUCGGCCAUCUACACAUUCAUCGUCCUGGUGUGGCAAAGCAGCUGUCAAAUCUCAACCCAUCCAAAGCUUGUGGGCCAGACGAACUUCCACCUAAACUCCUCAAGCUUGUAGCUGACGAGAUUGCUCCUGCCUUAGGAUCCCUUUUUCAGCAGAGCUACAACUCUGGCACUGUUCCAGCUGAAUGGCAGCAUGCAUUGGUAACACCCAUCCACAAGUCCGGUGAUAAGUGUGAUCCAGGAAAUUACAGACCUAUUUCCUUGACCUGCAUCUGCAGCAAGCUAAUGGAACACAUAGUGCUCAGCCAUAUCUCGAAACAUGUAGCUGCCAACAACAUCCUGGUAGAUGACCAACAUGGAUUUUGGCAGAAACUUUCCACCACCACACAACUCAUCUCUGCUACCCAGGAUUGGGCACACACCUUACAAUGCAAACAGAUGUCAUUUUCCUGGACUUCCAGAAAGCUUUCGACCGAGUACCUCAUCGCCACUUGCAGACCAAGCUCGAGCAUUAUGGCAUAA